AUGCUGUCGGCCACGUCACCUGGAGGGGCUCAGGGCGGUGCGCACGGCAGCAGCUUACGUGUUAUGGACACAAAUGAUCCACUGAGCGUUGUGCGUCGGGCACUGGAUGCCGAAGAGCAGCUCAUCCGUGUGAGUGACAGCGAGACUCAUGAGACGUACGAUGUAACCCUUUCGCGAACGAUGCCAUAUGCAUCACCGCUUGUGAUGCCUGUACAUCUGGAUGAGAAAAAGGAACGCUUACAGCCAACGUUACUCACGCCUCCGCCGACGCGACGGCGACGUCUGCGCUGGAUGCGCUCGAGUGAAGACAACCGCAUCACGGCUGAGACGCCGCCAUCGGAGCCGAGUCAACGGCCUUGGGCCUCGUAUGUAUCGCCUUGGAGCUAUUCGCGCACGGAUUCACCUGGUGUAGUGCCGUCUAGUGGCACGUCGGGCCAUGUGGCAUCUCCAGCAACAAGCGGGCCGUCAUCCGUCGUUGAGCCGUCGACGCCGCAUUCUCCCGUCAUGUCGGGGCCAUCGUCCGCUGCAGCUGCCUCUAAUGACGGCAGUAUGGCCACGCCGCCCAUGCCUACGCAUCUCUCUGGGACGGAGAAUACAUCUGCAUUACCUUCGUCCGGGGCCCAGGCGGUCAUCCCGACUGGGCCAGACCAGAUGUCGCAGGUCCCGGCCCCAUCGCAGUUGGCACCCAUGCCUGUGUCGCCGCAUCCAGACACAAAAUUUGCCAGCCCACAUACUCCUUUGCCCCCGCUUUCCAACAUACAAAGCAUGCUCGGUCAGUCACUUUCUUCUCAGGACAUCACUGCCUCCUCGGCCCGAGGUGACAACGUACCGGCCCGCUCAACGACAACAUCACCACAAGUCGAACUUCCCAGCAUUAGCACGACCGUACCAUCAAGUGUGCAUGCGCUCGACCACACCCAAUCACUCGAUCACCCUGGACUUCACACUAUCCCCAUACAGCCCCAGUCCCAGACGUUAUCAUCCUCGAUGUGCCAAACCCGGUCAGAGACCCAGUCUAGGUCUCCAUCUCAAACUGCCACCCAGACCCACUCCCGAAGGCUACCGCCCUCUGAGUUUGCUGACCACAUACCCUCUGGCGCCACGCGCGCGUCGUCGAUGCAAGCGAGACAGAAAAAUCGGGUCAGUGCUGUCUCCAAUGCAUCGGCUGCUGAACGGACUUUUGACGAAGAGAUGGCUGCCAAUGCAAAUGCACUACGUCUGUCCUGGCGCGCCAAGGGACAGCAUGCGCCCGAUGUAUCUCACACUAAUGUGUCCGUGCGCCUGAAAGGAAACUUGAUCGGCGAAGACCACGCAAACUAUGUACUCAUGUACCACAUGUUGACAGGCAUCCGGAUCGCAGUAUCGCGCAAUGAGUCGCGGCCUCGCAUGCCGUUGACACAGGCAGAUUUUGUUGCCAAAUACAAGUUCACGUUCGACAUUAUCGGCAAGGAGCUUCGACCUUCGUCGAACUACGACUUUAAGUUCAAAGAUUAUGCUCCAGCUGUAUUCCGCGAGCUGCGCGUUCAUUUUGGUCUGGAUGCCGGAGACUACCUGCUUUCCCUUGCUGCCAAGUACAUACUGACGGAGCUGGGAUCACCAGGGAAGAGCGGUUCCUUCUUCUACUUUUCUCAUGACUACCGCUUCAUCAUCAAGACAAUUAGGCCGACAGAGCACAAACUAUUCAUCAAAUUUCUGCCAGCGUACUAUGAGCAUGUGCGUGCAAAUCCACAUACUCUGCUGAGCCAGUUUUAUGGCCUGCACCGUGUCAAACUGCCCGGUCGCAAAAAGAUCCACUUUGUCAUCAUGAACAACCUGUUCCCCUCUGACCGCGAUGUGCAUGAGGUAUAUGAUCUGAAGGGCUCGACGAUCUCGCGUGAGCAAACUUCGACAAAGCCGACCGCCGUGCUCAAGGACAUGAACUGGAUCAAGCGCGGUCGAUUCCUAGAAUUAGGACCCGAGCGGCGUGCUCUCUUUGAGCGCCAGCUCCGCUCAGAUGUUGCGCUUCUUCAACGGCUCCAGCUCAUGGACUAUUCGCUCCUGAUUGGGCUUCACGACCUCAGCUACCAUGCACGCCCGAAUGUGUCGCCCAUCGACAAGUCAGCGCCCAUGCUACGCCGACCUUCGAUCCUGGUCUCGCGUGUCGAUGGGCCUUGCCAUGAAAAGUCCUAUUCGCCAUCGUCCCGUGGCGAUAGAGAUGGUGCAGGUGCGCAUCUCCACUUUUCUCGAAACCAUCCGCCGGAGACAACGCUCCAGGACAUGCAAGGCAAGCGGGCGGAGCAGCAGCACUCGCUCUUCUACCAAGAUGAAGGUGGCUUCAGAGCUACCGAUGAACAGGACCGGCCGCUCGGAGUUGUCUACUAUUUUGGCAUUAUUGACUUGUUUACACGCUUCGAUGCACGGAAGCGUUCUGAACAUGUUUGGAAGGCUGUGUGGCAUAAUCGCCAUGCGAUUAGCCCUGUACCUCCUGUCGAGUAUGGCGAACGAUUUAUCCAGUUUCUUUUGCAGAAAUAA